AUGAUCCGUUCAAUUGUCCACAAAAUGCCGAUUAAGACAAUCAAAGCGCGACAGAUAUUCGACAGUCGAGGAAAUCCGACCGUUGAGGUCGAUCUGACCACCGAUAAUGGUCUAUUCAGAGCUGCCGUACCGAGUGGUGCGUCGACCGGCAUCUACGAGGCACUGGAACUGCGAGACAACGAUAAGACCCAAUAUAUGGGCAAAUCCGUCUUCACUGCCGUUAAUAACAUUAAUUCAGAGAUCGGACCAAAAGUUAUCGCUAAAAACUUUGACGAAACGAACCAAAAAGAAAUCGACGACUUUAUGAUCCAAUUGGACGGCGACGCCAACAAGAAGAGGUUGGGCGCCAACGCCAUACUCGGCGUAUCGCUGGCCGUGUGUAAGGCGGGCGCCGCCAAAAAGGGUGUCCCUCUCUAUCAACACAUCGCAGACUUGUCGGGCAAUAAGAAGAUCAUUCUCCCGGUGCCGGCAUUUAAUGUGAUUAACGGCGGCUCUCACGCCGGCAAUAAGCUAGCGAUGCAGGAGUUCAUGAUCCUCCCCACCGGCGCCUCCUCUUUCACGGAAGCCAUGAAAAUGGGAACAGAAGUCUACCAUAACUUGAAGAACGUUAUUAAGAAGGACUUCGGUUUGGACGCGACGGCUGUCGGCGAUGAGGGAGGCUUUGCGCCCAACAUUCUCAACAAUAAGGACGCACUGGUGCUCAUCCGAAAGGCCAUCGAUUUGGCCGGUUAUGCGGGAAAGAUAGAGAUCGGUAUGGAUGUGGCCGCCAGUGAGUUCUUCAAAGACGGCAAAUACGAUCUCGACUUCAAAAAUCCCAAUUCAGACAAAUCCAAAUGGAUCUCAUCCGAUGAGUUGGGAAAUCUGUAUCAGGAGUUCAUUAAAGAGAACCCAAUGGUGUCUAUUGAGGACCCCUUCGAUCAGGACGAUUGGGACGCCUGGACUAAGCUGACGGCCAACACACAGAUCCAGAUCGUCGGCGAUGAUCUGACGGUUACGAACCCGAAACGCAUUCAGACGGCUGUUGAGAAGAAGGCGUGUAAUUGUCUUCUGUUGAAAGUGAAUCAAAUCGGAAGUGUCACGGAAUCCAUCGCUGCCCACAAUUUGGCCAAAGCUAACGGCUGGGGAACUAUGGUUUCGCACAGAAGUGGUGAGACGGAGGACUCGUUUAUCGGUGAUCUAGUGGUGGGUCUGUCGACGGGUCAGAUCAAGACGGGUGCGCCCUGUCGUUCGGAACGGUUAGCCAAAUAUAAUCAGAUAUUGCGAAUCGAGGAGGAAUUGGGCGCCAAUGCUGUCUAUGCCGGCAAGAAGUUCAGAAAUCCUCACAAUUAACUCAAUUUGAAUCGAAAUUCUCUCUAUUCUCUACUCGUCUUUAGUUUCUUUUCAAUUUUGUUCCUAAACUUAGUAUAGAAUUAAUUAAUUAAUUUUCAGAGAUAUUUAAAAAACAAGAAUUUUAUAUUUAGUAAUCAAUCGUAAACUAUACAAUUAUAAACAUAUUACAGUGUAUUUUAAUCGAUAUUAUGAUAAGUCUAAGCAAAGAGAAAGACAUUGUGUAAAACAAACACCCGGUUCUCUAUUGAGUCAAUUAAUACUUUUCCCGGUUUUAUUGCUUUAUUAAUGGUUUUGUUUUGGAUUUUAUAUAUCGUUUGCAUUCUCACUCGAAAAGUUGACUCGAAAUUGGUUCACAUAUUGGUUCUGAGAGUACUGUAACCGUAAAAUGGAAAUAAGAGUCCCCUUCAGUCCCUUUCACUCAAUGUCUUUAAGCGCCGAAAUAGGGAUGAAUGACUUACCGGUGAUUCCAUUUUAAUCGUAGUUUAGCUAUAUGUGCAACACAUCCAUUGGAACCGUACCACCCUUUCCCCCCAAUACUGUUGUCUCGUUUCAAUACAAUAUAAUAUACACCCAUUUGUUGUUUGUCUUGAAUUAGGCUUUAAAUCUAUUUUAUAAGCCAUUAAUCAAUUCCAGUGGAUGUCAUGUAAUAGUAAUGGGAUUUUAGUAAUCAAUGGUAUCUCAUGUUCACGAUUAUACCGUAAUAAACAAUACAAUUGUAGCACACAUUCAUUGGUCUUAUGACUAAUGGGUUUAAUUUUGAAUGAUUUGUAUGAGUGUUUACAACAAGAGUGAGAAUAAUGGCUAAAAAUUGAUGAGAAUUUUAUGAA